AUGGCUUCGAGCGGCGGCGAAGAUCAUGUGGCUCCCGGAGAUCCGGUGACGGUUUCAACACGUUUGAUUGAUGCUGGGACGACAAUCAUGCAGAGGAGGUUACCGGUGAAGCAGAUGAGCAGCCAUGUCUCUACUUUUGCCAUAUACGGUGGAGAUAUGUCCAGGCAGAUAGAGACUCACCACUACGUCCACCGAGUCAACGAUGAGUUUCUCCAGUGUGCCGUUUACGCAUCUGACCGUUCCGAUGCACCUCUCAUUGGAAUAGAAUAUGUAAUAUCGGACCGAUUAUAUGAAAAUCUGCCUCAAGAUGAGCAAAAGCUUUGGCACUCUCAUGCUUACGAGGUUAAGUCCGGUUCGUGGGCUUAUCCACGAUUGCCUGAGGUUGUGGCUGCUCCAGAGCUCAAGAACAUAGCCAAAACGUACGGGAAGUUUUGGUGCACCUGGCAUAUAGACCGAGGUGACAAGUUACCAAUGGGUGCACCCGAGCUAAUGAUGUCACCACAAGGGGUGGGACAAGGGGUAAUAAGGCCCGAGUUGGUGAAGACCAGAAAUGACAAGUACAACAUUUCAACUGAUGAACUGAAGCACCGGAGAGCCGAGAUUGCUGAACCGGAAUGGAUCAAUCCCAUAGCAGACUACUGGAAGCAACACGGUAAGUGUUUUGUGCUCGAUAUCGCGACUGUGGAAAUGAACCGUAACGCUCCAUUUCCGUGA